GCAAGAUUUCCUGUGGCUCCUUGUGUGUCCUGCGCUGCCACGCUUGAACACGUGGCCAAUCCUAUCCGCCAUGGGUGGAGGUGGUGCAAUGCAAGUUGCUAGUAGCAUGGUGCAGCAUGCGGACUCCCUGGCGUUGCUUUUUUCGUUAUUGGGUGGCUUCUUCAUGGGCGCUUACCCCGUGCCCAUCAAGGCUCCAAGUGUGCUGAAAGUGGAGCCUCAUCCGGUCAUCUUCCAAUUCUACAAGUCCUUUUGGGUCUUUGUGACUGGAUGGCUCUUUGUAGUGGCACGGUGGUGGCUAGCUUUGUCACCGGUCUACAUCUUCAGCUGGUGGGGAAUUGUGAGUGCGCUGGGCUGGAUCCCCAGCGGGCUUUGCACCAUCACUGCUGUGCCACUCCUGGGUGUUGGGAUGUGCGUCGCCGUGACCACCAGUACAGCAUCCGUCCUCAGCUUUCUGGUGUUUUGGUUGGUGCUUGGAGAGAAUAUGAAGGAACACCUCAUCUUCGGCCACAAGGUCUAUGUCGCGCCUGUCUACCUCAUUUGCAUCAUCCUGGGAUCGGCAGGCCUCGUCUAUGUGACAAGGACCAGCAGGUCUGGAACUGCUGCCUCUCGCCAGGCGUCUGUUGGACUCUUGUUGGCGGUGCUUGCAGGUGGCUUUUCUGCUGUUCAGUAUGGUGCCGUCAAUCUGGGCCGUCGCUCCGCGAUGCGGGCGAUUGGCUGUGACGAGGACCCCUCUACAUGUCCGGACGAGUUCAUUGAAGAGUUCAACAAUUUUGGAUCUUGGAUGGCUUCCUUUGGUAUUGGUGCCAUGCUGGUGACCAUGUUGACGAUGGCCGGUGCCUACGGAAAGUAUGCCUUGUGUGAGAGGGACGACUUGGACAAGCAGCCCAGCAAAGCUCCCAAGCUCCACUUGAGGACCUUGCUCCUGCCGGGCACGGCCGCGGGGCUUCUCUGGUGCUCGGGGAACUUCUUCCAGACAGCAGCUGUGGUGCGAGGAGGCAAUGCGGUGAUGCUUCCUGCGAACCAAGCGAUUCAGUUGGUGACCUCUGGAGCUUUCGGUCUCCUCUACUACCGUGAGGUGCCAAACUUGCGAAGUGCGAUUUGCUGGUGCUUCUUGGCCUUGUGGACCUUGGCCUUCAUCCUCCUGUUGAGUCAGGUGCGAACAAAUCCGGUUUUGGACACACUUCUUCUUGACGCAAAUAGAUUUGGCAAGCGAAUCUCAUUUGCUAUGUUUGUUUUGAGCAUGAGAAGCAUGGACUCAGACUACUCAGAUCUCAUAAGUGAUGGAAAUGUAUCUUUCAAACAUGAGGAAGUUGUUGUGCAAGUCUCCAGCGCUGCUUAUGGAUCGGAGAUGUGGACGCGUAGAGUGUAGCUCGCGGAGAGAUGGGCUUCAGCAUCAGGGACGGCUUCUUUUGCAGACGAGUUGCGGAUGGUGAGGACCGCUCGGCAGCCCAUCGCUCGGAGCUGCUGCGCUUCCGUGUCCGCGUGGAGCUCUUCCCCGAGCGCUUCGAGGCGCUCGUGGAGGCUGCUCGUGCGGCCGAGGACGAAGAAGCUGAGACUCCAAUCUCGCCUCACACUUCUCAGCCUUGCCGUUUUAUCAAGGCGCCGGCGCGGGAAACGCUUCAUUUGUGAGAGCCGCUGCAGUGCUCUGCACGCGAUACGCGGGACACGCUGCAUUGUUCCAGCGUGAGUCGACCCGGUUCCAGUGCGGCCCUCGGGCCAACGACCCGAGGGCGACCAAAAAGUCAACCCACUAACAGUUCCAAUUCCAAGCCUUGGCUGAAGCCGUAGGCUUUCUAGGCUUUCGAUCAUUCCUGGCGCCUUUUGACCGCCCAUUUAUAUAAUCUUGUUUUCUUUGGUUUUGUCUUUCGUUUGUGCCAUUUGUAGACAUUUGCCAGAUGCUCGUGCAUUCGAGCAUCUUCAACCAUGAGCCAGUGGUCACAAAAACGUGACCGACGACCGAGCUCUCCUCGAUCAUCUGGCAGUGGGUGAUUUCACUCGGGGAGACCCUGGUUGACCA